GUGGGAGUGUACGAACAAAAUGAAGCGUGCUGCUGUUCUUCGUAAAGCUUCAGAAAUUCUAAAUGAGAAGAAAGAAGAGUUAGCAUCAGAAUUGUGCAUGAUUACUGGCAAAAUCAAAGAAUUUUUUUCCUUAGAAGUUGAGCAAGCUGUUACUGUAUUACUUUACUGGGCAAAUCACAUUGCUCAAUUUGAAGGUCGAAUUGUGGACACGAAAUUGUAUGGUAAAGUGUUUCAAGAGUAUCAUCCUUUAGGCAUUAUUGGAAUACAGUGUCCGGACAAAGAUCCAUUACUUUCUUUUGUAUUUUUGAUCAUCCCAGCCAUUAUCUUUGGAAAUUCUGUUGUUGCCAUAUCAAGUGAGAGAUAUCCUACUUGUGCCUUGAAAAUAUGUGAAGUUUUUCAAGCUUCUGGAUUACCUGGUGGUGUGUUAAAUGUUGUUUCAAGUUCCAGACCUUAUUUGACUCGACAUUUAAGUUCCCAUCUCAAUAUUGAUGCAAUAUGGUUCACAGAGGAUGGAGCUGAUUUUAUUUAUGAUUCCUAUCAUUCUAUUCAACCAAAGAAAAUAUUUAAUUGUAAAAAUCUGGCAAACAGCUUGGAUAAAACAAAAACAUCUAAAUUCUUAUUAGAAUCAACAUAUUCCAAAGCAAUUUUUAUUCCAAUGGGUACAGGUUUCGCAUAAUAAUGUAAAAUCUUAUUUUAUAAUUGUUACAAUUCUUAUUUUUGUAAUGGAUGCUCUUGUUCCUAUUUACUUUAAAAUGAUUGCUCAUUACAAGAUAAUGUGGGAUUAAUAUAAAAAUUAGGCUUAUUUCCUAAGCUGUUUAAGAGAUUAUGUCUACAACUUAUAUCAAAUUAUUGAUAGAGAAGUUAUUUUUGUUAUUAUUAUUGUUAAAACGUGACGCUAUAUUUUAUAUAUUUUUACAGUAAAAAUGUGGUGAACAGUAUAUUAAUCUUUUAUUAUUUGGUUUUCACCAAAUACAAAACAUAAAAAUGAUUUUAAUGUCUAUAAAUGAUAUUUUUUUUUAAAAAUGUUCCUCUGUGUCUUGUUAAUUUGAUGCAUUUAGCAUUUCACAAUUUUAUAAUUUGCGAAAUUUAAGUAAAUUAGUAUCUUAAACAAAUGAAGUCAUGUUAUGUUUCAUGUUUGGAAUGUGUUACAUUAUGCCUUCAAAUAAAAAAUAGAGAACAUGUCA